AUGGCUGGGUUAAAUGAUUCAACAAAGCCCGUCAGUUGGGACCACGACCGGCACACCGACACAUCCCCAGACCUAUCAGACAAAUCCGAUCAAGAGCAGAAGCCCAAGGACUUUGAUGUGGAGGGUCAAGGCCGCCGCGGCUCUCAACAUCAUGUUACUGCCAUCGAUGGCUCGUCAACAACGGAGAGCGUGGGGCGUCAGAUCGACAUGGAACAAGAGAACACAAUCAAGUAUCGUACUUGCAGUUGGCAGAAGACCGCCGCAUUGCUCUUCUCCGAGUACAUUUGCCUGGCAAUCAUGUCCUUCCCUUGGUCUUAUUCCAUCCUGGGCCUGGUUCCUGGUUUGAUCCUAACUGUAGUCAUCGCCGGUAUCGUCCUGUAUACUUCGUUGAUCACCUGGAGAUUCUGUCUGCGACAUCCAGAAGUCCGCGAUGUUUGCGAUAUCGGCCAAUACCUGUUCUGGGACUCCAAGAUUGCCUGGUGGGCCACGGCAGUCAUGUUCCUUCUAAACAACACAUUCAUCCAGGGCCUGCACUGUGUGGUUGGUGCGGAAUAUCUGAACACGAUGUCUAAUGGAGCAAUUUGCACAGUUGCCUUCUCAGCCAUUGUCGCCAUCAUCUCGUUCUUCUUUUCGUUGCCGCGUACUUUCAGCACCUUGUCCAAAGUUGCCACCCUAUCCGCAUUCUUCACCUUCGUUUCUGUCAUAUUGGCAUGCGUCUUCGCUGGAAUCGAAGAUCAUCCAAAGGGGUACACCCCGGCCAAGGGAAACCCAAUCGUGCUCGCUAUUCCAGCCAAGGGCACAACCUUUGUACAGGGCAUGAACGCCUUCUUGAACAUCAGCUACACGUUCAUCGGCCAAAUCACCCUUCCCAGCUUCAUCGCCGAGAUGAAAGAGCCCCGUGACUUUUGGAAGUCUGUGACUGCUGUGACAGUUGCCGAGAUCAUUGUCUUCAGUCUGGUCGGUGCGGUCACUUAUGUCUAUGUCGGAAAUCAGUACAUGAUUGCUCCGGCAUUCGGUUCCAUUGGAGAUGACUUGUAUAAGAAGGUUUCCUUCUCGUUCAUGAUCCCAACCAUCAUCUUCUUAGGUGUGCUAUAUGCAUCGGUCUCGGCCCGAUUCAUCUUCUUCCGUCUGUUUGAAGGUACCCGCCACAAGGGCAACAACACUGUGGUGGGUUGGGCCUCCUGGGCUGCAAUCCUUGCCGCUCUUUGGGUUUCCGCUUGGAUUAUUGCCGAGGUGAUUCCUUUCUUCUCUGAUCUGUUGUCCAUCAUGAGCUCCCUGUUCGACUCCUUCUUCGGCUUCAUCUUCUGGGGUACAGCUUAUAUCCGCAUGCGGUCCGAUGACUAUGGACCUCAGUUCUACAAGACCCGCGGUAUCCGUGGAUGGCUGGGAUUCAUCUUCAAUGUCUUUUUGAUUCUUGUUGGUUUCUUUUUCUUGGGACCCGGCACAUACGUAAGUCACCUUUUACACUCCCGGGCUACCGUGCCGGCACUGUCGGUGGUGUGUUCACUUGUGCCAGCAAUGGCCUAUAAAUUCCCGCGGGGCGGGGACUUCAUCUGUUUUGCAUGUUUCCGAUUGCCUGAGGCUCUAGGCCUUGGGGACUUCAUGACUGUAAUGACCGAGUUUCUUUCAGCUCAUAGGCACUUAUCAUUUGUACCGUACAGAUAUCCCAUCUUUUCCCACUACUGGUUUACUAUCUUUCAACACUGA